AUGAAGAUUCCCGAGAGUUUUAAUAGCAAAGCCAUCAUCACUCACAUUACAACAGCAACUGCGAUUGUUGAUAUCGAUGGUGUCAAGUUCAUCACUGAUCCCAUCUUCGACGACGCUCCUCAGAGCCAUGACCGGUCACAAGCAAUUGGGCUAAAACCGGGAGAGUUCUUCCUCACCAUGCAAGAAGGCCCCGCUAUACCAAUCAGGCAAAUCCCUAUCAUUGACUGCGUCUUGCUCAGUCAUGAAGAUCACGUGGACAACCUGGAUGAGACAGGCCGUCAACUCCUCAUCGGCCGCAGAGUCAUUACUACGCCCGACGGUGCAAAGAACCUAUCUGACUAUCCUGGCACAUGCGCUAUCGAGCCGUGGCAAACCUUGAAGUUCCGACUUGGGGGCGAAGAAUGGAGCAUUACUGGUGUGCCUUGCGUCCACGUCCCAGGCGGCCAAGUCACUGGCUUUCUCUUGCACAAAAGGUCCUUCGGUACCAGCCCAAAUGGACGCCCAAAUGUGGUUUACUUCACUGGCGACACUGUAUUCAUGGAGGAUGAGUUCAGGAAGCUUCGUGAGAGCUAUCAUGUCGUGGUUGCACUCACAAAUCUUGGACAGGCAAUGUUGCCAAGCCCCAAGAGUCCUACAGGAUUCCUAAAGAUCACGAUGGGAGGGGAGGAUGCCGUGAGAAUGAUGGAAGUUCUCGAGGCUGAUCGCCUUGUUCCUAUGCAUUUUGAGUCGUGGACGCACUUUACGCAGGAUGGUAAGGCUUUGGAGGAGAUCUUUACUUCUGGAGGCUUGGCGAAUAAGGUCAAAUGGUUGUCUUCAGGCAAAGAAGUCAAUGUGAUCUAG